AUGUCAAUCUCGUUCCCAGCCGUCGCUUCGCCGAACGUCGAGUCCGAUGCAGCAAGCGGCGGUCUCACAGACAAGCCCGUUCCUCGCCUGCGCAAAUCCGCCUCGCACCUCGCGCAGGUGCAGGUCCAGAACCGCCGGCGCGACUAUCUCCACCGCCACCCCAGCUACUUUGACAACAUUGAACAUGAACUCGCCAACCCCAUUCUGUACGAACGCCUCGUCAAGCGACACCAGUCCGCCGCCGAGCGCGAGGCCGAAGGCCGCGCCAAGGGCUACGGCCGCACUCUGGAAGCAGACCUCGUGCGUGGCGAGACCAAGUUGGCCACCCUGCGCGAUGCUCAAGAGCCGUCCACGAUGGGGGGCGUCGAGGAGGCGUGGGACCAGCCUGCAGAGACGAAAGCGCAAGGGCUGGAGCUGUGGCGGCUGUUCUUGACGGAUCGGUUCGUGCGGGGGCGAGAUGCAGAGUUUGCGUACGAGGCGGUGGAUGGGAGUGAAGAGUAUGAUGGGCUGGCGAGGAGAGAGGCGGAGGAGCAGUGGUUUGAUGAGGAGGAGCCCAUGAGGGUGGAUGAUGCUGCGUUGCUAAAGGGUGAGACGGGCAUUCAGGAUUUUUAA